AACCUAGCUACCUGUCAGUGUGUGCACCGGUAGUUUAAGGAAACCCGUCAGUGUGAGCACACAGGAGGUUUGAGGAUUCCAUGCGCAGGUGUGAAGUAAGGCAGACUGCAACCCUAGGUUCAUUAGAAGAUGCAUCAAGGUCGUCUAAGACUGCGACCCUGGCUUGAGGAGCAGAUACAGUCAGGGAAAUACCCAGGGGUCACCUGGCGUGAUGAGACAGCUCAAGUUUUUCAGAUUCCUUGGAAGCAUGCGGCUCGACAUGGUUGGAAUAUAGACAAGGACGCCACUUUGUUCCGAAACUGGGCGAUACACACAGGCAGAUACAAACCUGGAAUAGACAAGCCUGAUCCGAAGACAUGGAAAGCCAACUUCCGAUGUGCCCUGAACUCUUUACCCGAUGUGAAAGAGCUACAAGACAAGAGCAUCAAGAAGGGCAGUAAUGCUUUCAGGGUUUACAUGAUGCUGCCUGUUAUUAAAAUGACCAAACAAAGAAAAGGACUAAAGGAGUCAGAUGUUGCCAUAAAACAAAGUCUGAUCUCCCUCUCAGAAACUCACGCAGGGUCUUGUGCGCCACUGGAUAGAUUUGCAGAGGUUUUCCUGAAGUAUAGAGGUGGGCAGGCCAGUCACAGCCCUGGUAUAUUUCAUGUCAAUGACAAUUACCCUCCCUACAACACCAUAAAGGAUGAACAGUCACCAGAACAGUCCUACUCUCACCAGUCAUCCUUAACACCUGAAAUGCAUGAAAGAUCUGAUACUACCACUGACGACAAUGAGCAAGCAGAGGCUGUAUUCAAGAUAGUUGAUCACCUAAAAACCAUAGAGCACUGGAGCCAGUCUAAUGAAAACAGAAGCUGGAGGGCAGCAGCCACCGGCUGGGUGGACUGUUACUGUGAGGAUAUGGAUUACUUGGGGUAUCCCGUACAGACCGAUUGCUACACACACAGUGCACAGCAAAGACCACUUCUAUAAGACGAGUGGGAGCAACAUGCAUCUAACAGACUGCCAUGCUAAAAUCCCUGAAAAAGGUGGAGACAUUUUUCUUCCAAGCCAAGCCCAAUUCUAUAAUGCUGUAUUCAGAUGAACUGUAAGACUCUGACCAAGCAGUUGAGAGCACAUAAAGUACAUUAAAAACUGAGUUAAUCACAUUAAGCUGAACUGUCAUUGUAGAAUAGAUUUUUUCCCCCCUAAAAUGUUUGCCUUUUAUUAAACUUAAAUUGACAAAAGGA